AUUUGCCCAAGAAUAACAGGAUCCUGCGAUCGAGGGGAAGCAAUUUUCGAGAGCUUCAGGAGGAAACCCCAAGAGAAAAAAUAAGGCUCUCCACUCACAUUUCUCCGCCUCCGCCGAUUGCCGUCAUCGAUCGAUGCCUUACGCUGUACAACGCAGUGCACUCGCCCUCCUAAUCCAAAUCACUCGCUAGUCGAUGCAGCGACAUCAUCGCCUCUGGGCGUCGCACUAUGGCGGCUGUCAAUCGGAAUAUGUUUGACGCCAGCGUUACAACAGAUCGGCCGCGCGGAGCGUCGUUGAUGGUUCUACCGUUGAAUCUGAUCGCGCUCAUUAUCUCCCACUUGGAAGAUCCCGGCGACCUUGCUCGCCUGUGUCGAACAUGUCGAGUCCUCAACUACAUGACGCUCCCGCAGCUGUACAAGAGCAUUACCCUGACGUCCUACGAUAGGAUCCGAUACCGUGGGGAUCAGCCGGAAGGGAUGGGAAGCGCAAGCCCCUUCUCAAUGGGUCUUAACGCCAUUAUCACCCGUCCGUACGCAUCGCUAGUUCGGUCGCUGACGCUCCGAGGAAACUGGCGGGAGUCAGAGCUGGAAGAGCAUGCGCGCAUUGGUCGGGUGACAGAUUCCUCCAUGAUGCUGAAUAUUGUGGUUCGGGCGGCCAUCGACAAGAUGAAGGAGUUGGAAAGCUUCAGCUGGGAGCUCAAUACCAAGAUGCUGGAAACUGUCUACCUCGGACUGGCGCAACAACCUAAGCUGACAUCGCUGACUAUACGAUUUCCCUCGAGCCGUCACCCUCGACCGACGAUCGUCAUACCCGCGAUGCCUCAUCUACGGCGCUUGAAAAUCACCGAUAUUGACCCUCUUUGCUACCCAGACGACAUUUCAACUCUCCUUUGGAAGUGUAAGAAGUUGCAAGAACUCAAUAUGCACUGGUCACCUCGAAUGAGAGAAGAGCAAGAGCCCAGCGUUAUGGUCCAUGACUACUUCCGCAAAUGCAUAUCGGCAAAGCAACCUCUUCGAGUCAAGAAGAUAGGGCUUCAGAACUUGUACGCACUUCAUACCGAAGAGUUCAAUCUUGCGUUCGAUCAGACUAUGGUCGAAGAUGUCACCAUCCUUACGGAUACUAAAUCAGACGACUACAACUUCAUGAAUACGUUUGUUGACAGUACCUGGCCGAUUGCCCCUCCUCAUGUCGUCAGGAUCAAGAGCAUUAGACAGGAUCGUUUCAAUAGGAGGCAUGCGGACUUCCUAGGAAAUUUCACUGGACUAGAAAGAUUGUAUUUCGUCAAUGCAACGCCCAAUCCAAACGACAUGAGAUCACCUAGACACUUGGAGUACCCGGCCCCCACGCCACCCUUUGUGGACCAUAAUCACAACAACCCAGGCAGUGCUCCAGCCUAUACUCCCGAAAAUACACCUUCCUGUUCUCCGGGAUUGCAGGCCAGUAUCCGUGAUGCCUACCUCAAUAAUAUAAUUAUAAACCACGCCGCAACUCUACGGCAUCUCUUGCUCCCUUCUUACUGGCCGCUCUCAUCAAAUACAAUUGCACGUAUUGUUCACUCUAGCCCGCAACUUGAGCAGCUUGCUUUUGCAACAGAAUUCUCCAGCAUGGAGACACUAGGGCUAUUACUCCCAUUCCUCCGUAACCUGGUCGCUGUACGCCUUCUAGUCCCGACCGGUGCUACGUCGUCGCCGCAGACUCCACGGCCACCGAAAGCGAGCUUGGGGCUCUUAUCAUCACGUUCAGCGGAAGAUGUAUUUACAUCCGCGCUAUCUCUUGCAGAUAUCGUGGAAGCUGAUGAUGACAUCCUAGUUGAAAAGUUCUCUGAAUCUCUAGCGGAUCCACAGGUAUUCAGUCAGCUGAGGUUUUUCGGUUUCGGCUGGAAAGCAUUCGAGCUUUUGGACUACUAUACAAUUCCCGCUGUCCCUCCCCCUGAGCGUACCGUUGAAUCGCAAUCGCAAUCCCCAGCAGAUCUAGUGGGCGAGGAGGUCAAUGGAUGUCGAGAGCCUUACCAGAAUGGAUUAUCACAGAGGGAUGACGGAACAGCCGCCUCUUGUAUCUUGACUCCAGCCCCGGUCUCCCAAACCCCACCCACAGGGCCAGCACCGAGGACAAGCCAGGCUCCGUCGUUGCUAGGCAAACGAAGGCGGGAACAUGACCUGAACCUAGGAGCACCACCCAAGAAGGGAAUGUCGCGUGAAACCCCCAUAGAUAUAUCGGAACUCAACCCUUGUCUGCCAACACCGAUCACGAAUAACAACCGUGUAUGGAGACGUCGGGUGCGACGAGUGGCCUGGGACAUAGUAAAACGCUACGAGAUAUGGGGCCUGGACACGCAAGAAUUAUGAUCACUGUCUGUAUCGUCACAGACAACCAUUUCGAACUGCACAUAUAUGCUUUGGGGUUCCAGGAUGGGAGGGGCGUUAGUUGUUUUCGUUCGCCCCCGUUUUUUAUAUGGGAUGGGGUGAGUACUGGUAUCAUAUUGUUCAUACGGGGUCCGAUUGCACAAAUUUCGCAGGUUGUUCUUGUGCAUAAGUCAAGGCUAUAUACAACGCUACAUAUUCUGGUCUGCGGAGCAUAGUCGGUGUUGGGUACACGGCUAUCUCUUGCCCGGGUUUCCUGCUACUGUCUCUCCAGGUUCUCGAUUUCAAUUUUUCACCUUUUUAAGAUAUCCCUGUUGCCUACAUUUAUUGUACACUUGAGAACAUAACUCCAC